AUGGCAAGGUUUUCGGUUCUUGAAGAGUUGCAUGCAAAGACAGAAGAACAUGCAGUACGAGUUAAGAUCGUCAGGAAAUGGAAUACCAUGAUAAGACAAAGACCGGCAGCUUGUGUGAUGAUUUUAGGAGAUGAGAAAGGAUCUACAAUGGAAGCAACUUUGCCGCGUGAUGUUGUACUUCCAAAAGGAAUCGAUCUCGAAGAAGCUGAUUGGUUUGAGAUAUAUAAUUUCAAAUUAAUUAGAGUCAUCGAGUUGGUAAGACCAACAAGGAGCAAAUACGGUAUUAAGUUCACUCAGGCAACAUCUUUCAGAAAGAUUCAACCCAUCGUUGAUUCUAAUUUUCUGGAGCUUGCGAACUUUACAGCAGUUUUGAAAGGACACUCGCAUCCAAUGUACUGUAUUGAUCUUUGUGGAGCUAUGGUUGCUGUGGGGGAGUUGCAACAACUUCAGGAACUAGGAGCUGGCGAGAUAUAUUCUUAUCAGAAUACAAGGAUGGAGUUCACUUUGGUUAAUACAGAGCUAAGAAACUUAAGGUGUGUUGCAUAUGGCAAGGAAGCAGUGACUCUGAGUGAGUACUACCGUAACUCACGUGCUCCAGUGGAUGUGUGUGUUUUGAGGGCUUGGAGAAUCCAUUGGGGAGAAGGUGGUUUCCGAUAUGUAACCAACCUCGAAGGCUGUUCUGAAGUCUUAUUUGAUCAUGACAUGGAAGAAAUAAAAAAAUUUAAAUCGAAGAUUCCUAUCAUAGAAUAA